GCGACAAGAGUUUGAAGAGAAAGCCCUGCUACAACAUGCCUGAGAACGGUAAAGUCAUUGGAAAGGUGGAGAACGUUAUAUUUGAGGAUAUAAUAGAAGAAAUCGGCAGUUAUGGAAAGUUCCAAAUACGCUUCAGCAUUGUCUUCUGUUGCCUGGCAUCGUGUUUUUCCGCAAUGUCAGCCUAUGCCAUGAUUAUUGCUCUCACAGUACCUGAGCACUGGUGCCACGUUCCAGGAAGAGAAGGUACCAAUUCAACCAUAGAAAUGUGGAAGAAACUGACAAUACCAAGGAAGGAAGAAGUGUACAGCAGUUGCGAGAUGAAGGUACCAAACAAGGAGAACGAAACAACACCAUGUAUGUACGGUUGGGAAUAUGAUGAUACUUGGUUUUCAGCAACUGCUUCCUCCCAGGAAGACUGGGUAUGCGAAAGAGAAAUGUAUCCUAACACUAUAUAUUCCGUCAGUCACUUCAUUUCCAUCGCUUUUGCUGUUCUGCUUUUCUUCGUUGGUGACAGAUUUGGCCGGAGGAUAGAGUUUCUCACGAGCGUAAGCAUGAUGGCGGUAUCCCGGUCACUGCUGACAGUUUCGGCGCCCGUCUUCCCGCUCUAUGUCGCUCUCGCAGCGAUAGCAGAGGGUCCAGCCUUGCCUUGCACGGAGUCUGCUGUAGCCAUUGGAAUCGAACUGACUGGCAUCAAACAUCGCUCGCUCGUCAACUUUCUGGUAUUUGUGUUUUACUGUUUGGGACCAAUUUCUAUGGCACUGGCAGCAAUGUUGUUACGAAACUGGGUUCACUUUCUACUGCUUUCAUCUGUCCCCUGCUUCAUUCCGUUGUUGCUGCAUAGAUAUUUACCAGAAUCUCCGAGAUGGCUACUCAGUAAAGGACGACCAGAAGAGGCUCUCAAGGUUCUGGAGAGGGUAGCAGCAACAAAUGGAAAGCCCCUACCUUGUGACACGUUGAUGAAGCUUAAUUACCUCUCUGAACAGAGAACUCCAAACAUGGGUAUCAGAAGCAUCAUUACCAACAGGAAUCUCUUUAAAAAUACAGUUUUAUUACUUAUUAGCAGGUCAGCGGCUUCUCUUGUCCUUUUCACUCUACUCUUCCAUAACAAAAGUUUUGGGGAGAAUCCUUUCGUUGGAUACUUCGGCCAGGGCGCCAUGAUGGUGACUGCUUGCAUAUUGGGACAUUUCGUUGGAAACUACUUCGGCAGAAGAUUUACACACUGUCUGGUGUUCCUGAUCGCCACCGUUAUUUCCAUUGUUCUCGUGGUGCUGACAACAGUAUCUGCUGAACAAUGGCUGAUAACUGCUGGGUCACUGUCGCUACAACUCUUCUCCACUUCGUCGUUGUUACUUACGAACUUACAGGGCAUGGAAAUCCAUCCGACAUGUCUACGCCAAACAUGUAUCGCCAUUGAAUACGUAGUUCUGUCUUGCGUUAUGUGUGCAAAUCCGUACCUUUCAUACCUGGGAAACACAGCUGGACAGCACUGGUUAUUCGCAGUACUCGGGACCGUAACGCUUAUCGCAUCAGUUCUGGUGUCAUUUUUACCUGAAUCGUUGAAUGAGAAGCUUCCAGAGACAAUGAAAGACGCAGCGCUCUAUGGUCGUGACCAGAAGUUCUGGACUCUUCCCGGAGGCAAGACCAGCUUACCAGAAACUACUCCACUCUACAAAACCGGUUUUACGGAAUGUACCUCCUUCAGUAAUCACAAUGUAUAGGGAACUGAAGUAGUCCGCAGUCUAGUGCCAAACUUUCAACAUCGAACCUCUUUGGCAUUUUGUGUCAAUCGUUGCCGUCGCUUAAUUAUUAAUACAGUUCUUAACUAGAGCGUGUGAAGCAUAACGGACCACCACUGCAGGCUUUGCAACUUCAGAGAAAUUUUAUAGUUGUCGGCGAGUAAUGAACCAAGGGAAUCCAAACCAAUGACUAGGAACAAUUAUCACUACACCACAGCAGCAAUUUUUUAUGUCUUUGUUGCAGUAAGAACUUAGACAUUUAUUUAUUGGAGAGUCUUCUACGAAAGAUGCAACAACAGAUAUAGCAAGAUGCUCCGUAUUCGUUUUACCACGCCCCAAAGUUACCAUCAGAAAAGCAGAUACAGAAACAAGAUAUCGAAGCAUUUAAGAUGCUUUCAUUUAUAAUAAUUUUUUUUAUUACUCGUCUCAUUUCCAGAUCACUUGAAAAUGGUCAGCGCGUUUAGAAUCCCAAGGAAGACAAUCGAAAAAUUUGACAGAAUGUGUGGUGCAAGAAGCAGAAUGUUAAGAAACAGAGUAAGGAAGAAAAUAAUGCAGAAGUUCUGUAUGCCUUUUCUGGCGGAGCCAGCAGAUUUAUGUGGGACUACAGGGAAGGUCACUAGCAGUCUCAGAAAUUGGACUUCAUCCAUCAGCUGUGGCAAUGAGAAAGAGUAACGGGAUGAGAAGUGAGGGCAUACCGAACUUUCUCAAUUUCAAUGCCAAAAUCUCACAAUAUCGUCUAAACUGGAGAUGUCAUAUGUUGCGCUGAACGUCUAGAGAGAUAAAUCUGCAGAGGUGGAAAGAUCAGGUUUGAAGUAUGC